GGAGUUGUAGUCCCUCUCCCUGUCGUGCCCCAUUCUGAGGGAGGACGUGGAAACUACAACAUCCAGCGCCCUUCCAACUCCAUCCGCAAGUUUGUCUGGCAGAGCUUCUUUUAAAGCGAGGUUGCAUCAGUCGGGACCAGGGCAAGAGUAAAGGGAGAGAAAGGGAAGGACAUGAGGCUGUUCGUGAGCCCGGGUAACCCCAGCAACCUCAAAGUGCUGUUGGCUGUGGAGGUGACAGGCCUGAGGCCUGAGGUGCAGUCUGUCAGUGAGCAAGAUCGUGUUGUUCCUUUCCUGGUUCAGCCCCGGCUACCAGCCCUGCAAGUAACCAGUGGCGAGUUCCUGUUCUCCGCCAAUGCCAUUUGCCAAUAUUUAUUUACCCUCAGAGGUGAGGAGCCAAAUGAUAUAACUAACCAGUGGUUGGAAUGGGAUGCCACACAGUUACAGCUCCCCUGUGCAAUGCAGCUGGAGGAGAAGCUGGAGACCUGGCUACAGAGGUCUAUAGAGACCGGAGACUGGACAGCGAACGCUCGCUUCAUCACACACUCCUGGAUUCGAGAUGGCCUCAAGGCACGCUGCAUCACCAGGGACCUCAAGUGGGGGACUCCUGUACCACUGGAGGAGUUCAAGGACAAGGUUUUCUACGUGUGGUUCGAUGCUCCAAUUGGUUAUAUCUCCAUCACUGCUGACUACACAGAGCAUUGGGAGAAAUGGUGGAAGAAUCCGGAAGAGGUUAAACUGUACAAUUUCAUGGCGAAGGACAACGUCCCUUUCCACAGUGUGGUCUUCCCCUGUUCCUUGCUCGGGGCUGACGAUAACUACACCCUGGUGAACAGCCUCAUCGCUACAGAGUACCUGAACUAUGAGGAUGGGAAGUUCUCCAAGAGCCGGGGCGUCGGUGUGUUUGGGGACAUGGCGAAGGAGACUGGGAUACCGGUCGACAUCUGGAGGUUUUACCUGCUCCUUGUCCGUCCCGAGGGGCAGGACAGCUCCUUCUCGUGGCAUGACCUGAUGCUGAGGAACAACGCUGAGCUCCUCAACAACCUGGGCAACUUCGUCAACAGGGCUGGGAUGUUUGUCAGUAAAUUCUUUGAUGGUGUGGUGCCCGAGAUGGAGCUGACCCUGGAAGACAAACGGCUGUUGGUCCAGGUCUCGUGGGAGCUUAAACAGUACAACCAGCUCCUGGAGAAAGUACGAAUCCGCGAUGCCCUGAGAUCCGUGCUGAACAUAUCGCGAUACGGAAACCAGUACAUCCAAAUCAACGAGCCCUGGAAACGAAUCAGGGGGAGUGAGGCUGAUCGGAAGCGAGCGGGCACAGUGACCGGGGUGGCCGUGAACAUGACCUGCCUGCUAUCCGUGAUGCUCCUGCCCUACAUGCCGACUGUCAGCGCCGCCAUCCAGGGGCAACUGCAGGCGCCAGAGGAAUGCAACUCGCUGACUGACCGCUUUGUCUGCAUGCUGCAGGCUGGCCACCGGAUCGGCACGGUCAGUCCACUGUUCAAGAAACUGGAGGCCGAUCAGAUCGAGGAGUUGAGGAAGAAAUACGGAGGACAGAAGACCCCCGAAGGAGUCAAAGCCGCCCCCGGAGGGGAAGGAAAGGCCGACCCCAAGGAGCUGCAGGACCUGGUGAGCAAACAGGGGAGCCGCGUGCGCGAUCUGAAGGCGCAGAAAGCAGAUAAAUCGCUGAUCGACGCAGAAGUCUCAACGUUACUGGACCUCAAGAGGAAGUUGGCUCAGGCGGAAGGGAGGGCAGCGGGCAAGAAGUGAGAUGGUCACAUUCCCUCUACUCCUCUCUCAUCCUCAUCUCGACCACAAGCUGCGCAACUCUCUCUCUCUCUCUGCGUGUUCCCUCUGCUCUGGGCACAGUUCGAUCCCACAUGUGUUGGUGCGGUUCCGCGGCAGGGGCAUGGCUGUGGGGGGCGCGAGUGCGCGUGUUUGAACGUGUUGUUGGAGUUUCCGGCAGAUGCCCUGUGGCUAGGGACCUGUCCUCUUGGUGACUGGCUGCCCAGACGUGACUCGCAAGAAAACAAAAAAUGCAACUGGAGCUGGGAAAUAAAAUUGUGUGUGUUUUAUUUUUAAAUUUAACACACGCUCUGAACAUGGCAA